AACGCCUGUCAUACAGUUUGCGUUGCUGGCGAAACUACAUCCACGAUAUUGGUGAUGGCGGACAAAGAUGGCGCAUGCAGUGGACGUCGGAUAGUCAUACUCGUCGUUGUUGUGCUAGUGCUUGUGUGUGCUGCAGUUGGAAUCGUCGUAUGGGCAACGACGAUUACCAAUAAGGACAUGGGCGAUAUUCCUGGAAAGUCUUCAUGGUACAUUGGUAAAGCAGAGAUUCAGAAAAACGCUCAAACAUUCGACAUUUCCUUUGGUCAACAUACAAAGUUUCAAGGACAACUUGCCGUCAAUCAGCCUCUCGAAAUACCCCAGGACUGCAGGCAAGCUAGAAACGCGGAGUUAUGCCUCGAAUGGCAGAGAGAUAGAAAACUUGUAAUAAAACAUAUUCAGGACGGAGUUGUUUCGUGUUACGAUGUGGAAUGGACAGCAAAAAUGUGUCCCGGUCAGAUUUUGAAGGAUUGUUAUGACAUCGGUACCAGUCACUGGUACGGCGGCUACGAAGACUACCACCAAUACUGGCCUCUCGAACGGACAACUCGGAACACUUCGGCCUACGCCCCAACAGAUACAUUUAUGGAUAAAAUCGGUGAUGUCGUGGAGAGAUAUUUCAUCUCCACAGACGGUGUAGGGAUUUUUAUUGAAAAAGAUGUUCCUUUGUUUAUCAGUAUCAAUGAAACGCAGGAUAAGAAAAUCUGUCUGACGUCGACAUAUGGUGAUUUGUAUCCGUAUGUUAACACAGCAGGGAAACUACCGUCCCUAAAAUACCACGUCUGCCAGGCUCAAAAUGUUCGAACCAUCCAUGAUUACAUGUCUAAAAGGUUUCGGAGUAAACCUUCAGACAUACCAGAUGUACAACUAUUCAAAUAUCCAAUAUGGUCCACGUGGGCUCAGUACCAUACCGAAAUUAACCAAACGACGGUUUUACAAUUUGCGAACGAUAUCCUCGAAAAUAACUUGCUUCACUCACAGAUAGAAAUUGACGAUAACUGGACUCCCAAAUACGGCGAUAUGACCUUUGACAUGGUAAAAUUUCCAGACGCUAAACGCAUGAUGAAAGACCUCACAGAUAAGGGGUUACGAGUUACUAUAUGGAUUCAUCCUUUUUUUAACACCAACUCUGAAAAUUUCAAGGUUGGGAUGUCCAAAAAAUAUCUUCUCCGUCAGGUCGGGAGCGACCUACCGGCCUUGGUGCCUUGGUGGCGAGGCAAGGCAGCCGCUGUGCUGGACGUCUCGAAUCCCGAGGCUGUUCAUUGGUUCUUGGGAUUUCUCUAUCAACUGCAGUCAGAAUACAAUAUUAGUUCAUUCAAAUUCGACGGCGGCAAUGGUAACGCAAUACCAAAAGUUUUUUCUUUUCAGAAUAAUGAUAGCAAUCCCAAUGUAUAUGCCGAACUGUGGGCCCGUCUCGCCUAUCGGUCCGACACCGCUGUUCGGAACCAAGAGGUACGUGUGGGAGCAAGUACGCAGGAUCUACCGAUGUUUGUCAGGGUCUUGGAUCUGACGUCAUCCUGGGAUCGUAACAACGGUCUGGAAAAACUCAUCCCAGUUGCCACGACAUUUGGUCUCCUAGGUUAUCCAUUUGUCUUGCCAGACAUGAUCGGUGGAAAUGGAUACAUUGGCCUUCCGGAUCGGGAAUUGUAUAUUCGGUGGCUUCAGGCAAACACAUUUCUUCCCGCCAUGCAGUUUUCAAUAGGUCCUUGGCUUUUCGAUGAGGCAGUUGUUAAUAUAUCACGUGAAUACAUUAAUUUGCAUGCAAAAUAUGCUGAUGUAAUCGUCAGCCUUGCGCGUGAAGCUACAAGAACCGGUGCACCAAUCAUCAGACCGCUUUGGUGGGUAGCACCAGACGACGAGGACGCGCAGACAAUAGACUCCGAGUUCCUUCUAGGAGAUGAUAUUCUCGUUGCUCCCGUCUUGAAGAAAGGGGCCCGACAAAGGGAUAUCUAUCUGGUGGAGGGGCAAUGGCAGGAUAUGCUAAGAGGAUCGGUAUUGCAGUCUGGUUGGAUAAAAAAUUACUCCGCCGACCUACACGAGCUACCGUACUUCGUGAGACUUAAUGCGUCUGUUACAAUCAACUAAAAGUUCAAAGUCAUUCUUUUGUCACUUACUUAAAUACCCAAUAACUCAUCGUUCUAAAAAUAAUUUAUUCUUCGAGGUGUUUUAAGAAUAUAAGUUAAAAUGUUUCCGUAGAUUAUAUUUUUUCACUAUUCUUGCAGUUCUUUCAAUUAUUAAGCCUACUUAACAUCGCCUUAUAAGCGAUGUCCAGAUUAACAUGUACAGUUCUUCAAAGUUACGUAGCUUAUAUACUUUUGAUAAAAUCAUUGACUGAGGUUGAAGGUAACAUAUGUUUUGUUGAACCGGGUUGUUAUAAAAUGUUCACUUAAUUUUUAAAAAAAACCUGUUUAAACUUUCUAUUUUAAAGGAAAAGCAGUCAGACACCAUUUCAACAUACCGUUUAUAAACUGACCGACAAACGUCGUAAACACUUACCGCAAAAUAAAGCGG